AAGCAAUGAUUUGAAUCGCAGGGCAGGUACACGUACAUCGUGUAAGGACAGUGCAUGUUUACUGUAUGGCACGCAAGUAUGUGAUCCAUGGGCUGUUUUUACGUUCUACUUCACUAUGAUAAAAACUGCGACUUCAAGUUUCACUAGAACGAUAGGACUCCACUAGCCGCGCAUUUCGAAGAGGCACAGCAUUUUACUUGCAGCUAGAUCAGUUCGACUUCCUGGAACUACACUGACUGGGACGAUACGUAAGAUACUGCUAGCUCCUUACUUUCGCAAAUCCUCAUGGCGCAGCACAUGGAGGUGGAAGGCGAAGAGAAGUACACACUUACUCUGCACCGUCUGCACGAUUUCGAGCAGACUAUUGUGUUAGAGUUCGACGCACCGGAGGUCUCGGUGGAGCAAAUCAAACGGGCCGUCGCGGCGCGGUCUGCGUCGGAGAGAGGACUGGAGCGGCCACGGGCGUGGCAGCUAGUCGAGCUCGUGGUGGACCCGCGGUCGGAGUUGGCGGUACGGGCAAGGAACGACGAAAGAACAGGAGAUGAAGUGGCAGAGAGUUCCGAAGGAGGGGAAGGGAUAUGCAAACCUGCAGGUGCUGCUCAAGGCCGGGAUGACCACUCCGCGCUGUUGCAACCGUUGCAGGUCCGCAAGCCGCGCACAUUUAUGAUCGAUCUCCCCGAGCUAGCAGCCGCAACAGAGCUGUCAUCCGCUGCGGAGGCCGCAAAUAUUACCGAUGAACAAAAUACAAUGGACAAGAUGAAUUGUGAGGCUGAGCAAGCAGAUACAGAAGGUGAAGGUGAAGACGCGACUGCUGUCGCGAGCACGAGCGACAUAGACCAGUUUGUUAGGUUUUACGAGAAGGAGUUCGAGCCGUUUGCAACACGCGCAGAGCUUGAUGACGCGAUCGAGCUUUUCUGUUUUUGGAUGACCAUUCCGGCUGAGGAAAAAGAUUGGAUUCACCGAGAGUGGGUGACAGAUAGUAUCACAACGGAACAUCAAUAUAUAGUGGCAGAGCGCGUUAUUUGGAGGAAAGACGACGGACACUCCUUCGAGCUGAAUGCCGCAUACCAGCACCUGACGAGAGCGGAGAUGGAGCAGAAGUGGCAGGACAUCACGGACAAACACGGCCCUAUGGUCACCUGGGACGUUUCGCGCGUCUCCAGCCUAAGAGAACUCUUCGCAGGCAUCGCCUGGUUUGAGUGCGACAUCUCCGGGUGGUGCACAACUAACGUCACUUCCAUGGAGGGUAUGUUUGGGAACUGCGACCGCUUCAAUUCCGAGGUAUCUGACUGGGACAUGCGGUCCGUCGUGGACGCAUCAGGGAUGUUCGGCCACUGCUACCGCUUCAACCAACCGGUUGGAGGGUGGGACACGGCAUCUCUCCAGAAUGGUAGCGCCCUCUUUUGCGAUUGCUUCGCCUUUAAUCAGCCAGUGAACCACCUGAACGUUUCCAAGUGUUUUGACCUAUCGUUCGCGUUCUCCGGUUGUGCCGCGUUCAACCAGAGCGUAGCGGACUGGGAUGUUGGGGAGUGUCACGACAUGACGGGCAUGUUUGAGGGCUGCCGUGCCUACAACCAACCCAUGGAUAACUGGGAUGUCUCAAGCGCAACAAAGUUGUCUUGCAUGUUUCAAAGCUGCACGAAUUUCGAGCAAAACUUGGACAGCUGGUUGGACCGAUUGAAGCCAAUGACAAAGAUUCGGAUGGCCAAGAUAUUUGCAAACUGUCCGAAAUAUUGUCGAAAAAAGUCGAAGAUGCUGCAACGAGCGGAGGAGUCGGAACUGUAUGAGCAGUCCGAAAAUCAAAAAGCAGUAAGAAAAUGGCAUGAGACAGUGACUACACCGAUAAUAACCUUGACGUGACUCUGCCGAAAAAGCGAAUGCAAUUUAUAAACAUGAUGAAUCCACCGGGUGGUCGAGUAAGGACAAAACGAAAACCGC